CCAAAGCGCACAAACACUUGGCGCUGCGAUGGAUUCUCUCCUUCUGGCUAUGGGCUGUGGCAGAGUGAAAUAUGAGUGUCCUAAUAUCGACCUCCACGCAGCACCUCCCGGUAAAGCCUACAGCGAUGGAUAGUUCAGUGAACAGCCCCUCCUCAUCAAUGGCCAAGCGUCCCUGUCCUUCCCAAAUCCAAAACCCUAGAUUCCAAAAUCUGAACCAGGUGGACCAGCUCCUCGAAAAUUUCCUCCGCCUUUCCGAAUUCCCUUCCCUCUCCCUCGAUCUCUUCUUGGAGAGGCUUCUCUCUUCAUUGCCCACCGAUGCCGAUCAGACCCUUCUCAUCGAUCGCGCCCUUCACAUGGGAUCCAUGCUUCUCGAUGCUGCCAAACACUCUUCCCGAAAGCGAGCCUCCAAGCACAAUUCUUUGGCGUGGCCUCUCCCUUCUGACCUUACCGUCAAAGUGUUUUCAUUGCUUGAUACCCAGAGCCUAUGCUAUGCGGCAGCUACUUGUUCAAUGUUUAACAAAUGCGCUGGGGAUCCUUUGUGCUAUGAAAAUAUUGAUUUGACAACACAUGUUCCCAAGGUUAACAAUGCGUUAGUUUCCAGGAUGAUUCAGCAAGCUGGAAAGGCCUUGAGGUCUCUUAGGCUCGGUGUAGUUGCUGGUGCUCAUGCGUCACCAGGAUCCUGUCAGCCAUUGGUUUAUACCAUCAGAAAUGCUACUGUAGAUAUAUCUAACUUUUCAUGGAAUGACAAGAGAUCUCGGCAAGGGAGAGAGUCAUCCAUUCUGACUAGAUCCUGUUUAAACCCUUUAACCGGAUGCGGUGGUGCUCCAGGGACUCUUCUGAGAAAGUUGCACUUGUACAAUAUUGAAAGAAUGGAUAAUACAUCCCUUUCUGCGGCGUUAGCAGCCUGCCCUUCUCUCCUUGACCUGGAAAUAGUUGGACUUCAUGUAGAACUGAGGCAAACAUUAAUGUCAGUGAGUACGAGCUGCCACUUGAUUGAGCGAUUGUUUUUUGAGUCUUCAAAAACAGGCAGAGACGACAGUUUGAAAAUGCAAACCUGCUUUCUUCUUGUUAACAGUUGUCCCCAUCUAACUUCUUUGUCCCUUAGAGGGUUUAAGUUACAUGAUUGUAAAGUUCGCAUACUGCUUAAGGGAUUUCAGAAACUGAAAUAUGUUGAUUUUUCAACAUCCUAUUCAAUCACUGGAAACUUUUUAAGAAACCUUGGAAGUAGCAAUGGAGGCAAUUUGCUUGAGGUAUUGAUUUUGAGGGACUGCAUGCAUCUGAGAGAGGUGGAAGUUGCUAGAUUGUUGGCAGCAAUUCUUGCAGGAGAUUUCAAAUGUCUUGUACAUCUUGACAUAUCCAAUAGGGAAGGCUUAGCAUCCGAGGGUGAUUGGUAUCACAGGUGCUGCAACUCCAGUAUCAUGCCUAUUAAACAUGUUUUGGAAGCAAGGCCUGAUUUGUGUUUGCUAGCUGAAUAUCCAUCAGAAGGAAGUUACAUUGAGACAUUUGAUGCUGAACUGAGUGGUGAUACGAGUUUCCCGUUACAAUUGAGUUGCCAUACUUCAGAGGAAGUAAAUUGUUUGAGUACAUCUGAAAGCAGCUACAAUAGUGAUCAGGGCAGUGGCAAUGAGGAUGGUCAAGAAGCCAGCUAUGUGAUUUAUGAGGAAAGUUCAGAUGAGAUAGACUUUCUGGCCCUGUAGGGGAUUAUCAAUCUGUGGCAUUAACGGAAGAGGACAAUAAUUUAAGGAACUAGGGAAGCAGAAGAGCAAGAAGGAUAUGGCGUGUGCACUUCUGGGUAGUGAAUUCUGGCAACUUUGCUUUUGUCCUGGCCUUCAACGAAAUUGAUAUUCGUAGAUCUGGGAAUCUUCAUGAAGUUUGGAGGUAUCCGGUUUUGCAGUUGGACGUUGUUCCAUGUGUGGAAAUGUAAAUUUUCUGCCACAUUGGGAGCCUGGUUCUCUUCGUUUCCCGCCUCUCCAAUAAUCCCCCCCCCCCUUUUAAGUUCAUGUUUAUUGAAGAAACCUUUGAGUAUGUAUUUCCUGUGUCCUUCUCAUGUUUUUCUUUUUUUUUGGGGGGGGGGGGUGUGGGGUUUGUGCCUUGCUCCCUUUUAUGUUCUGGCAGGCGCAAAGUAUGAAGAGAUCUGUCCCUUGUGGAAAAAUAAAAUUAGAAAUGGUUUUGAGACU